UUGUCAAAAGUGCGGGACAGUUUUCGUUGUCUUUGUGUUUUUUGUAGCUAUUUUGUGCCUGACUCUUUCGCUUCGCUGCCGCUGAUGUUGCCAAGGGUAUGGAGCCAAAGCCGCAGGAUCAGGCCCAAAACCGGGACGAUCCUGGCCCGCAGAAUGAGCCGCCGACCAUAGUCCAGUCCAUGACCUCUUUCUACAUCUACAAUCCGUACGAGAAGCGCAGUGUGGAGGUGCCCCUAACUAACUGUGACGCCUUCAUUUCCCUGCUGAAAUGUGUGAUUGGAACGGGCAUCCUGGCGAUGCCGUUGGCCUUCCGGUGCUCGGGAUUCGUGGUGGGCGCCGUGAUGUCCAUUCUACUGAUGAUACUCCUGACGUACUCCAUCCACUUGCUGAUAGCUGGCAUGACGGAGUGCUGUCGGAGACGCCUGGUUCCUCAAGUUUCCAUGCCGGAGGCCGUGAGGAUUGCGUACGAGGAGGGUCCCAAGUGGGUCAAUUGCUUUGGCCGGGCCGCUAGUUUUCUGACCACUUGUGUUUUGGUCUUCGGUCAGUUCCUGCUGUGCACCGUUUACCUGGUUUUCGUGUCCAAGAACUUCAAGGAGAUUGGUGACCAUUAUGGUGAGAGGUACAACGAAAGGUAUUAUGUGUUGGCCGCCUGUUUGCUGCUUUUGCCGCUCUUUAUGAUACGCCGGUUAAAGUAUUUGGUACCCUUGAAUUUGGUCUCUAACUUCCUGCUAUACGCCGGAUUCGCCCUUAUCAUGUACUAUCUGUUCAAUGGUCUUCCCAAUAUUAAGGAUCGCGAGCUGGCCACGCCUCCAGUCGAAUGGGUUGAAUUCUUUGCCAUCGCCGCCUUUUCCCUCACAGCCGUGGGUUCUAUGCUCGUUGUUGAGGCCCAUAUGGCACAUCCGCAGAGCUAUCUGGGCCUCUUCGGAGUUCUCAACCUUGCAGUUUUGUUCAUCCUGCUGUCCAACAUGUUUUUUGGCAUUAUCGGCUAUUGGCGUUUUGGGGAGAGUGUCCAUGCCAGUAUUACCCUAAAUAUUCCACAGGAUGAAAUCCUUUCCCAGUUCAUAAAGGUCUUCAUAGCCUCUGGAAUAUUUCUGAGUUAUCCUCUGAAUGGAUUUGUAGUGGUCACUGUGAUCUUUAGCGACUAUGAGAAAUCGGAAGCGAAUGAAAGGAAUCGCACGCUGAUGGAAUACUUAGUUCGGUUAGUGUUCCUAUUGCUAACAGGUGCAGUGGCGAUUGGUGUGCCCAAUCUAGCGGCUCUCACGGAACUGGAAGGCGCUUUUUCGCUGAGCAACCUGAACCUCCUGUGUCCGGCACUAAUCGAUGUGUUCCUGAACUACAGCGUGGGAUAUGGCCGGCUGAUGUGGAAGCUGAUUCGGGAUGUAGUACUUAUCCUGAUUGGUCUUAUUUUUGGGACAGUGGGCUGCACGGUGGCCUUGAAGCAACUGAUCUGUGAUUUUCAGUUGACACUCAGCAGUAUGUAGGGGAGACAGGGCUGCACUUUUGGAUUUUCUCAGCUUCUGGAGCUUAUUGUUGGAAAUAAAAUCGGAUUUACCAA